AUGGCGUCCGCGAAAUCCGAAAAUUAUGUGGUCGAAGAAGUGAUUGUCGAAGAUUCACUUGUCGGAAUUUACAAAGCUCGGUAUCUUCCAACAAGUGCCGAAGUGGCCAUUAAAAAAAUAAAAGUUGGUCGUCAUGGUGAAUAUACGGAUUGGGCUGAACCAGCGGCAGAAAAUGAAAUGCAAAUGUUACGAAAAUUAGAUCAUCCUAACGUUAUUAGAUUACUUGAUUCAUUUUAUACGCCGGACUCUAAAGUUGCUGUACUAGUUUUCGAAUUGAUGCUUGCUGAUCUUGGUCGUUUGAUUCAUUGUACAGACAACCGGUACUCGCACAGCCAUAUUAAAUCGAUGGCUUACAUGAUGCUCUCGGGUCUGGAAUACAUUCAUUCUUCGGGUAUUAUGCAUCAGGAUAUUAAACCAGGAAACAUCAUGAUCGAUGAUCAUGGAAUUAUCAAAAUCGCUGAUUUCGGUAUUUCGAUCUAUGUGGAUGAUACAUGUCGAAAACUUCAUCGAUUGCCACCGGCUUGGUAUCGUUCGCCAGAAUUUCUUCUCGGUGAUCGUCAGUAUGGUACAAACACAGACAUGUGGUCGUUAGGUGUUGUCCUUGGCGAACUAAUCAAUCGUCAUAUUGUUUUUCCAAGUAAAAGCGAAAUCGAACAAAUUCUUAUGAUCUACCGCUUACUUGGUGAGCCCACUGAUAAAACAUGGCCAGAAGCGAAACAUUUCAAGCAUUUCCUUCAAUUCAAUGACGAAAGCUUAGUAAAUAAUGGUGAAACUUUCGAAAAGAAAUUUCCCAAAGCCAAUGAACAGGAGUUAACUCUAUUGAAAAGCCUACUAGUGAUGAAUCCUAAAUAUCGAGCUACAGCUAAACAGGCUUUGGAAUCUUCUUAUUUUACCAGUAAUCCCCCUGCAUCGAAACCUGAAGAUAUUCCACGUUCAGCAGCACCUCGUCAUCGUCAUAGUCGGGAUCCAUUCCAUAUGAAUGAUUUAAGUGUUAACGAUGAAAAUCUCCCCAGCGACUAUAGUCACUUAAACAAUGACACAAAACGACAACUUUUCUCUCCAUGA